AGACUGGCUGAUAGCAUAACCAGAAUCACUUGCUAUCCAAGAAAAGACAAUUUAGAAAGCGUAGCCAAAGCUCUUGUUGCAAAGCAUCCUUGUCUCAGGGAGCCGGGUUCAGGUAAAGGAUGGUACUGCUGGAGAUUCAGCCUGAUAUUCAAGAUGGGCAAUUACCGUCAGAGGAUGAUGGCAGCUGGAUGCCUCGAAGUUCUUGUAAAUAAAAGAAAAAGAAAGGGAAACACCAAGCCAGUCAAGAAGGCAAAAAAGGGAGAGAUCCACUACUUACCAGAGCCACCUGAUGGACAAAGUACUGUUAAAUCAGAGAAGGAUCGUGAGACCAUGCUUUUGGAAGUGCAGAAGAGAGAGCCAGAUUUGCACCUGCUCGAUGAAUUGAUGACUGCAACAUUCUCCCAGCGAAGACAAGAGAUCAUUGGUGACGAGCCACUCAUUUCUGCAGUCAAGGACAGAUGGCCUGCAUUGUUUAGUGAGAGACAGCUCAGUGCUGAGUUCAGUAGAAUCGUCACCAAAGACCUGCUGGAGUCAUUCCUGGAUGGACUUGAUGCCUUGGUGCCAGGUGUUCUACAGAUGUACGGAGAAGCUGCUGCAUCAGGCAGGAGGGUGCGCCUGAGCAGUGUUCUCAGUUGUCUUCAAAAGGAGGACACGAACCAAAACAAAAGAGCAGCUGUCCUACUUGGUCUUCCAUGCUACCUUGCAGAAGAUUCCUCUGACAUAAUCAGGAUGUGUGAUGCUCAUGGUGAAACCCUUGACGUGCUAAUGAGCGGGAUGCAAGUUGGACUGUUGAUUGGACACGAAGGCCCUCUGCAUGAUGCAUUUCCAUUGGAUGUUUUCAACGUGGCUCUGGUAGUAGAGGAGAAGAUAAUCCUACAUGACCUCGGAGAUGUGUCCACAGGCUUUGCCAUGUUACUGGGUGCAAUCUACUGCCUAAACCUUGAGUACCCACGUAAUAUGAAGUAUUCUUUUGAGUUCCUUCAGAGGGUUGUCAUGAACAUUAAACCGGACCAAUGUUCAGCCAGAAUCCAUGGACUCAGAAAUAAAAUGCUUAGAUAUCACAUGUAAACAAAGAAAUGCACUUGUCAAGCAACUACUAGGAGGCAGCAGUUAUUUGGGAAGCUUGCCUUGUUCUUUACACUAGCAUACAGGUUUUCAUCGGCUUAGUUUGUUCAGCACAAGUCAGGUAUGCGUGACAAAUGUGUCACUUGUGAAGUUGAAAAAUCUGACAUUUUUGAAAAAUCUAAAAUAGUUUAAAUGUGCAAAACAUUUUGAGGUAUAAUGAAAACAAACUUUUGUUUCGAAUUGUGGUUAAAGAAUCUUUUAGACGUGGAUGUUGAUGUUUUGUAAAGCUCUGCGUAUACCACAUUUUUCCUCUGUACAACUUCGCCAUACUUAUUCUCUCAUUCACAGUUUUAAAAUUGUGUUCAAUUAACAGUUCAAUUAAGUGAAAUGUAAGUAAGUAUUUAUAAUGUACACCAUUGUUUUUGUUCAUAUGACGAUAUGGACCGGUUAUCUCACUUUUUGCCUCUUAUGACACCUGCCCAUCUGUCCCCCUUUCCUCAGCACUCUCGGUUGUCAACCUCAGUGAGGCCUGUUUUGAUGCAAAGACAUGUUUAAGAUGUAUCAAUGUUCCACAUUGUUCAUAUUCAUGUCGAGAUUUUAUGAUUAUCUGUUUACUAUCUCACAUACGUCAUUGUUCAACCCCACCUCACCUUCUUUCUUUCUACGAGUCCACCCUCUGUCUUGCUGUCAGUCCACCCACCCUCUGUCUGUCUGUCUGUCUGUCUGCAAGUCCACCCUCUGUCUGACUGU